AUGUCGCAACAACCGCACGAUAUGGGUUACCUGGACUAUGGUACCUCGACCAAUCGUUCCCCGAACUCGAGACAGAACUAUGCCACAGCUGGUGGCUUCGCUGCCGGACUAUCGCUACCUCGCCAGGCUCAACGCCCCUUUGACGCUCCCCUAGGCUCAUCUGCGCUUUACCCUGCCGACAGAAUUGCAAGUGGUUACAGCCAUCGCGGUAUGGAUAACAUGGCUGGCGGUAUGCAAGGUUAUAUGUUGGACAACGGCCAGGCUUGGAACUACAACACGAGUGGUGUGGCCACUGUCAACGGAGCUGUGAACGGCCCUGGCCGACAGCGAAACGUCAACCGCCGAGCCGCUCUUCCUCAGACUUGGACAGACCACAGCGGUCUUGGCAUUCAUGGUAGCCACGGGGGUCUUCAGCCCUACCAAGGCGGUAUGAACAACAACAUGUCAAAUGGCAAUCUCCGCGUUGAUCACCCUGGAUCUCACGGUUCUCCCACAGAUCUUCGAUCAAACACCUCCGAUGCCGACCAGCUUAUCCCCACUGCCAUCGUUAUCAAGAACAUCCCCUUUGCCGUACGAAAGGAGACCCUUGCUUCGAUUAUGCUCGAAAUGCACCUUCCUCAGCCAUAUGCCUUCAACUACCACUUUGACAAUGGUGUUUUCCGUGGCUUGGCUUUCGCCAACUUCCAGUCCGCAGAGGACACACGCAUGGUCAUUGAAGCUAUGAACGGUAUGGAUGUUCACGGCCGCAAGUUGCGUGUUGAAUACAAGAAGAUGCUCCCUGAGGCUGAGCGGGAGAGGAUUGAACGGGAGAAGCGUGAGCGCCGUGGACAGCUUGAGGAGCAGCACAGAGCACCGAUGCUGCACCAGCAGAGCUCUAUCCAGUCGCUCGGUAGCCUUUCGCAGUCUCAGGCCCGCGGACCUUCGCACCUCGGCAUGCUCGACGCGUCCAGGGUUCAGUCCCCCUCAAUUACCAUGCCUGGAGAUGUCGAUCUGAAUGAUCCCCAAACCCUCGAGUUCUACACUGAGCUGGUUAUGUUCCGCCGUGAUGACUCGCGUGAAAUUCUGGUCUUCCCUCCCGGCAUCGCCCCUGAGCACCGCCGAUCUAUUCACAUCCUUGCCCAUAACAUGGGUCUUGAGCAUCAAUCUAUGGGAGAAGCCGAGUCCCGACAGCUUACUGUGCUCAAGCGACAGCAGCCUUCCCCCACUGCCAACAUUCACACUCAACCGGCUACCAGCCUCGACAUGCACAAGCGUGGCCUCAGCCGUGCCGCCACCUUCGACUUUGCUGCAGAUCGCGAGACGAGGGCUGCCAGCAGCAACUAUGCCCAUGUCAUCGGUCGCCAAGGCCCCACUCUUGAGCUGCCUGGAAGCCCUGAUGGAAACAGCAUUCCCAACAACCUCCGAGCUGCCAAGAGCUUUGCCGAUCUCCGAUCUUUCACCCCUAGCCCUUCGCAGACAUCUUCCAGCUACCUCGGGCCCUCUGGUAUGAACAACAUGGGUGGUAACUCCACUGCGCGUUUCGGUGACUACAUGGGUAGUGGUGGUGCCAUGUCCCCUUCGGGCCACCCUGGCAGCGCCGGUACUCCCGGUCCCAAGAAUGAACAGGCUCUCCUCAACAGCCUCAACAACCUGAACUUGGGUUACGACCCCGCCUCUAUGCAGAGCCAGGCGCGAAGCACUCCCGGCGCCAUUGGCAGCCAGCGCCCUGGUAACAGCUCUAAGGGAGCUCCCGAGCGCCAGCCCCGCGGACCCGAGUGGGAGUCCAACGCUGGAUUUUCUGGACGUCGUGCCAACGGCCACGCCACACGAGGUAGCGACUCGUCGGAUAACGGAGCUCGUGUCGGCUCUAGCUCCACUAACGCCUCGCGAUACCACUGA